GCCGUUCCCCAGGCAGCAGCGCGGCAUUUUCAAACCUUGAUGUAGAAAAAGAGAAUGCAAAAGGCACGAUCCACUGGGGCCAGCCACACUGAAAAGGGCACCUACGCAUGGCGCUGCUGCAAGCCAAUAAUUCACAGCCGAGGUCAAGAUGCAGCUGCACUUAUGGAGACUAUUGAGCACUUGUUUGCUUGGCUUGGCAGCCAGCCUGGCCACGGAGACCUGCAGCUAGCUCUGCUCACUUCUUGUCACACCGUCUAAAAUGAGGGUAAGCCGUCGGGCCUGUGAUGAAGCUGCAGGCAGCCACUACGCAAGCCAUGCGGGGGAGUCCGUCCAUGCGCAUCCCAGCACGCCUGUCUCGAGCUGGUGAGGCUGAUGGACACGCCUUUCUGCGCCUGAGCGACACCAGUCUCCAAGAUACAACACUCUGGGUACCUCAGCCUCGACAGCUUCCCAUCCAUAUCGUUGCCACCUCCUCACCAGCAAACAGCCAGACGCUCGCUUCCCAAGCACCGCCCGCCCAGCCUAACUCGCCAUCAUGGAUUUUGAAAAUCUCAGGAUCAAGGACCGCAAGAUCAUCGUCGGCAUCGACUUUGGUACCACGUACUCGGGCGUCGCCUGGGCCGAGACGCAGCGGCCGGACCGCCGCGACCCCAUCACGACGUGGCCCAUCAGCCGCGCCACGCGCGAGGGCGAGAGCUCCGAGAAAGUCCCGACGCGGCUGCGCUACGACGGCGACGAGAUACAAUGGGGCUUCUCCAUCCCGCCGUCGGCACCCCAGCGCGAGGUCCUCGAGUGGUUCAAGCUCGACCUCGACCCGGCUCUGCAGUCCAUGGGCGACGCCGUGACCAAGGACGCCGCCUCGCGCAGCGGCCGCACCACCGACGAGCUGGUGGCCGACUACCUGUCCGCCCUGGGCGACCAUCUCAUGUACACGCUCCGCGAGAAGCUGGGCGAGGACGUCAUCAAGAAUACCCCGCUCGAGUUCGUCGUCACCGUCCCGGCCAUCUGGAGCGACCUGGCCAAGGAUAAGACCAGGCAGGCCUGCCUGAAGGCCUCGGGACUGCAGGCUGUAUCGAAAGCGCCGAUCCAUCUGGUGUCAGAGCCUGAGGCGGCAGCCAUGUAUGCCCUGCACGGACUGGACCCCCAUGGCCUGAACGUGGGCGACUCGUUCGUGAUAUGUGAUGCCGGAGGAGGUACAGUCGACCUUAUCACGUACACCAUCACAAAACUCAAGCCCAUCCUCGAAGUCCAGGAGGCCGCCCCUGGGAGUGGAGCGCUAUGUGGCUCAACUUUCCUAAACCUGCGAUUUUCCAACUUUCUAAAGGCAAAGCUGGGCCACCUGGAAGGGUUCGACGACGAACUUCUUAGUGAAGCCAUGGACAAGUUCGAGAAGACGGUCAAGCGGCAGUUCAGCAUCACGGCCAGCCCAGAUGACACGUUCGCCAUACCCGUGGGCGGGCUCGCCAACAACCGAGAGCUGGGCAUCAGCCGCGGCCGCUACUCGCUCAAGGCGACGGACCUGCAGACCAUCUUCGAGCCCGUGGUGCUCGAGGUCAUCAAGCUGGUGCGCCAGCAGAUGGCCGCCUCCAAGGUCGACGUGCGCGCCGUGCUGCUGGUCGGCGGGUUCGGUGCCUCCAACUACCUCAAGGGCCGCCUCAGGAACGCCCUGCUUCAAACUACUAGCCCCGCCGGCGGCGCACAGCCCAUCGAGGUCCUGCAGCCCGCCAACGCCUGGCUCGCCGUCGUGCAGGGCGCCGUCAUGAAGGGCCUCGCGCUCAGCGCCCCCGACCAGCUCACCAUGGUCAAGGUGCGGAACCGCAGGGCGCGCAAGUCGUACGGCACCGAGUGGCGGUCGCGCUACGACGAGACCAAGCACGGCAACGUCGCGGACAAGCGCCAUUGGUGCGGCCUGGACGGGUGCUACAAGAUCUACACUAUGGAGUGGUUCAUGCGCACGGGCGACGCCGUGUCGGAGAAUGAGCCCUUCUGCACGCGCUUCAUCUGGACCGGGGCCGUGUCGGCGGGCCGCAUCCGCAAGGUGCGCAUGGAGAUCUACGGCGACGUGGGCGGCGGUGAGUUCGGCCGCGAGGCGCCCAUCUGCCGCGACGACCAGGUCGCGCUAGUCUGCCACGUCGAGGCGGACCUGAGCCACAUCCCCGAGGAUAUGCUCAAGCGGCGCACGGGGUCCGACGGUAACGAGUACUACGACCUCGAGUGCAAGAUUGAGGCUCUCUAUUUGUCGGCGUCGACGCAGUACACACUGAUUUACAACAACCAGAGGUACAACUCUGUCACGGCGGAAUAUGUAUAGUAAACAUCAAGUCGCGCCCGCCCGCUGCUGGGCAAUAAAACCAGGAUACCGGACAAGGCCCGCCGUCCCUCACGACCUGAACUUCUUGCUGGCCUCGCUGAAGCUCAUCCCCUUCCCAAUGGCCUCGGCCAUCUUGGUGUCGGCCUCGACCUGCGCCGCCAUGAGCGGUAGCGCCCGCUCCGCCAGCUCGCGCGGCAGCGCCACGACGCCGUUGAGGUCGCCGAUCAGGUAAUCGCCGGGGUUUAUGGUCGCGUCCUGCUCGUCCGUGGCCAGCCUCACGGGCACGUUGACGGCCGCGACCUUGAGCAGCUCGGCCGGCGGCGCGGUGCCGACGUCUCUGGCAAAGAUCUGUGUGUGUGUGGUUUUUUUCAUGUCACUUUGUGUUUUUUUUUCUCCAGCCAGAAACGUGUGUGUACGCUCGGAAAUCUCGUGGUAGUCAGUCAGUCAGUUAGGGGGAAAAGGUGCGGCGCAGCUUACCGGAUACCCCAGGUCCCGCUGCUCCUGCAGGUCCCGGAACCGGCCGUCGAUGACGGACCCGACGGCGCCGCUGGCCCGCGCCCGCGUCGACAUGAGGCCGCCGUAGACGGCGUUGGGCGUCCGGGGCGGGCAGGAAACGAAGAUUACGGCGCCCUGUGGGACGGAGUCGAUCUGGUGAUUUAUCAUGGUGUCAUCAGCUUCUCUUUUUUUUUGUCUCUCUUUCCUCUCACAAAGAGUUGCCAAGGUUAAAAAGCAGCUUCCUCCCAUACAUAGUGAGUCGGGUGCUUCGGAGCCGGGUCCUCGUUGGGCACGUAUUUGACCGUGUACGCCGGCCCGACGAUCUUGGUCGGCCCGUCCUGGCGUUGCGGCGACCAGAGGGUAAGGCCCGAGAGGAAGCCGCCGUUGCGGACCUUGAGCUUACACAGCGCAUCCGAGACGUCGCAUCUUUUUUUUUUUGGUUCAACCCCAAAGUGUUUUCUCAGAUGUUAGUUCCUUUGUGCAAUGUGUGUAUUUGUUGUGUUCCACAACCAUCAGCAAGAAUAUGGCCGAUCAGAGACUCCUUCCCUACGUUGUGUACUGCCGCAGCGCC